AUGAAGCUUUUCAAGACAGCACUCCUUCUUGCAUCAGGCACCCUGGUCACAGCCUGUGAGCUCAAGACUGGUAGUACUGGACCUGAGAUCCUACAGGACCUCAUUCGCUAUGAUGAGCGCGCAACCGAUUUAGGAAAAGCUCUGGAUGCUUUUGAUGGCAGUCCAGAGACUUUUGAUGUCGUCUAUGGUGCUUCAGGUGAACAGUCCCAGGCCGCGAAGCGUCUGAUUGCAGACUGUAGCACCGUCGGCCAGCUCUGCCGCUCUGACAGCAAAGCUAUCGCUGAUGAGCUUAUCUCACACUUCGAUAUUGAUAAAAGCUUCUUGGGCACAUUUGCUUCCAAGAAAAUUAUGUUUAAGAAAAUUGGGAAGCAAGACUGGGUGGCUUCUUUCCUCAUAGCCACAAAGAAUAACGUUGAUACACUUCUGCCUAUUAUGAGGAGUAAGGUUGACAUUGAUGACUGCUGUAGGGUAGCGAGGUUUCAGGCGAAUCUGACAGCGAUCAUCGUUGAUGCAAUCGAUGCUUAUGUCUAA